AUGUUGGGAAGGAGAACCUUCAGGCAGUGUUGCAGGUUGGAUCUGCAGCAGUGGUGCUUCCUGUCCUCUCCGCCCCCUGAGCUCCUCACACUACAUUUCCCAGCAGGCAGCGGGGACAGGAAGACCAGGACACAGCAGAAAGUGGUGCACAUGAACUCUGCCCAGAUCCAGCACAUCUUAAAGGCCAACGAGUACAGCCACAUCCUCCCCAGGGGCCCCGCCUCCCACGGUGUGCUUAGUUUCCACAGCAACAUGUUGCCAUCCAAUCACCCGGGCGAGGACUAUCGAAGCAGCGCCACUUGUCUGUCGGACGGCGGGGGUGUGCUGUUUGGUGUUUUUGAUGGCCACGGGGGGCCGGCCUGCGCCCAGGCCAUCAGCCAGAGGCUCUUCUACUACAUAACUGUGGCAACGCUACCGCUGAAGACGCUGGCAGAGCUGGAGCGGGCGGUGGAGGAGGAGAGGGCCGUCCCGCCGUUGCUGGAGUGGCUAAAACACCCCCGAGACCACCGCUGCCCGGAUGGAGGAGCCACCUCCUUCCACAGCCUUCGCACAUACUGGCAGGAGAGGCUGGACGAGGACCAGGACGAGGGCGAGGAGGAGGAUGUCAGCAGGUUGAGUUCAGCGCUCGUCAAUGCUUUCCGACGCCUUGACUAUGACCUGUCGGUGGAGGCUCAGGUCCACAUGUCCAUGUCUUCAUACAGAAGGCCGUCUCUCUCCGGGGACACAUCUCUGUCUUCUCCCCUUCGGGUGGCGCUGUCUGGAUGCACUGCUUGCGUUGCACACGUGUCCAAAGGCGUCCUCCAUGUGGCCAACCUGGGGGACAGCCGGGCCGUGCUGGGCGUCCAGGAAGGGGACGGACGCUGGUCUGCUGUUAGUCUCACCAACGACCACAACGCACAGAACCCAGACGAGGUACAAAGGAUUCUGAGGGAACACCCGGCGUCAGAGCGGAGGACGGUGGUCCGCCACGAGCGCCUGCUGGGUCUGCUGCUGCCUUUCAGGGCCUUUGGUGACAUCCGCUUCAAAUGGAGCGCAGAAACGCUGAGUCGACUUUAUGAAACACGUCCGGAUGUCCUGUCUGUGGUUGGCGAGGGGGCCCGAACACCGCCGGCACACUACUUGACCCCGCCUUACCUGAGUGCCGAGCCGGAGGUCACCCAGCACCACAUCACGCCCUCGGACAAAUUUGUUGUGCUGGCGAGUGAUGGACUGUGGGAGCUGAUGCACCGACAGACGGUGGUCCAGCUGGUUGGACAACACCUCAAGGGCCGUCAGCAGCAGAGACCCAUAACCCCCAACGCCGGCAUGACGCUGGCCGAUCUGCAGCGCCUCCUUCUGGAGAGGAAGGGGCGCGUCCAGUCGGUGCUGGAGGACCAAAAUGCUGCAACCCACCUUCUCCGCCACGCUCUGGGCGAUGACGGCUAUGGAGCGGUGGCAUCAAACCGGCUCACAAAGAUGCUAAGUCUGCCGGCAGAUCUCGCCAGGAGGUACCGCGAUGACAUCACCAUCACAGUCAUCCACCUGAACGAGCCAGACAUUUGACAAGCCGCUUGUUAAUAUGAGGUUACCAGAACAGCAACUGGGGGCGGGGGCCAGGACACUGAAGGGGCUGGCCACUGAUCUGUAUAAUUUAUCUGGAUACACCAUUGGUCAAUGACUUGUGAAGCCACACGGCCGCCAUAUUACCACUCACAAGAAACACUUCUCGGACAAGCUUUUGCAUUCGUGGUGAACUUCUUUUAUUAAUUCGGAUUGGACACAAAUUUUGCCUUAAGAUGCCUCCAUGUGCAGCUAUUAACUGCACAAAUCGCCAGUUCAAAGGCUGUGGACAAACAUUUCACCUGUAAGUAUGAUUGAAAUGUAGAUUUAUGAUUGAUGGUUCAUGGUUCAUGGUUUUAAUUCAUCCUGAACAUGCAUAUGAGUCAAACAGUAGCACAUCACAUAGUACAAGUCACAAUUUUGCAUGUCCAAAAAGGAGUAGGAAGAAGCAAAGCUUAUUUAAUCCUACCCCCAUCAGUUUCACAAAAGUUGCAAUACAUUUAUUCACCUCUUAUUGAUAAUUUAAGGGUUUUGCACUGUCAAUCUUUUCGAUUGUGUAAAAUUCCUCUGAUUAAAUGUAUGUCUAGAAUUGAUACGUUUAUAUAGCUCUAUAAUAGCUAAGAGGAAAUGUACUUACUUUUUUGUUACAUCAUGAUAUAUGUAUUUCUUUAAGGGACGAAGGUUGCGUUACUUGAAGGAAUAGGAGAAUCUCAGUGCUUCCAUGAUGCUUACCAGGCAUUGUAUGCAGUGCAGUUAGCAAGCCAGUUUGCAUACAAUUGACCCGGCAUGACCCUUCAUUUGGAUAAACAACAUUUUUUUUUUUUUGCUGCUGAAUGACUGACGUGAAAGGAUUCAUUCACAUGAUAUGUUCUGGAAAAUAAUAUUACUGAACAUGCAUACCGGUAUGUUUGAGAUUGCAAACAACGUAUUGUCUUACCCAAAGCAUAUGGUUUUGUUUAUGUGUUUAUGGUUAUUACACAUUAUUCCUGU